UAUUUGCGUAUCCUCGUGAUGUAAACAAGGGUCCUUUCACAAAAAAUGGAAGAAGAGGUGCAUAAUGGUGACACAAAACGGAACAAAAACUGGGAAAAAUGAAAAUACCAAAGCGAAAACUAUUUCUUUUCAUAAUCUUUGCAUAUGUAGCGUUCUCACUCUAUGCUGCGUACAAUGUAUUUUUUAGCAACAAAAUCAUCUCCCGCGUUCACAGGGUAGUGAAGAAAGAGGCAGGACCCUCAGGAGGUGUUCGAGAUGGCGGGGCUGCUGCAGUCUUAGCAGACGAAUGGAAUCCGUGGGAGGAUGAACAGGUGGAAUACAACUCCGACCUGAAUAAAAAGAGAGAGGCCUUCAAACAGCAUAUGGCACGGAUCGAAAAGAACAAACCCAAAAGAUAUAAAGUCCAGAUUUGGGGUAAAGCAGCCAUAGGGCUUUAUCUUUGGGAACAUAUUUUGGAGGGACCCCUCAACCCUACUGACAAGGUAGCACAAUGGAGAGAAGGCGAGCUCCAGUCAGGAAAAAUUGAUUUCAGUUUCUACACAGGUCCGGCCGUCGUCCAGGGUCACGUCCCCCUGGAUAUGAACAGUCUGGUUGUUGUCUUAAACGGUCGCGAGGAGCAGAAGGUGGCGUACUCCACGCGCUGGUUGGAGCACGUCCAAGCUCUGGUUCAUUCCCACACUGUGUCUCACGUGGCUGCCGUCCUGCUGGGCAACGAGCACUGCAACAAUGACUGGAUUGGCCCGUACCUGAAGAGAAAUGGUGGCUUUGUGGACCUGCUCUUUCUCGUGUAUGACAGCCCUUGGGUCAACGACAGAGAUGUCUUCCAGUGGCCCCUCGGUGUUGCCACGUACCGGCAGUUUCCCAUGGUCAGGCCCAAUGCCGAGAUGAUCACCUCCGAAAGGCCAUACCUCUGCAAUUUCCUAGGAACUGUUUACAAGAAUUCUUCCAGAGAAACACUCAUGCAGGUUCUGAAACAAUCUGGCCUGGAGAAGGAUUGCAUUACCUCUGCCAGGGAGAAGUGGCUCCCCCAGGAGACAGCAGAGAGUCUGAAGCGCUAUCAGACGUCUCUGGCCCAGAGCGAGCUCACCCUCUGUCCCGUCGGCGUCAACACGGAGUGCUACCGUAUCUACGAGGCCUGUUCUUACGGCUCGGUGCCCGUGGUAGAGGAUGUGCUGACGCCCGGGACCUGCGCGGCUGGGGCCAGCUCCCCGAUGCGUCUCCUGAAAGCGGCGGGAGCACCCUUCGUCUUCAUCAGCGAUUGGAGGGAGCUUCCAGCCAUCCUGGAGAAGGAGAGAGGAAUGAGCCAGGAGCAGAGGGUGGACAGGAGGCGGAGGUUGCUGGAGUGGUACGCCACCUUUCGUCAACAAAUGAAGGAGAGGUUCACCGAGGUCAUCGAGGAGAACUUUUUCAAAAGUGGUUGAUUUUGUUACCUCAGGGCGUACUCGCACUAGGACAUUCAUGCCGUGCCGGAUUUCCCUUUGCUUGUCCCAUCAUUUCUAUUCUGCUACAAUACUGCAAAUCCCCCUAACUUUGUGGAUUAUUUCGAGUUGUUCCGAUUAUAUAAUUUUGCAAUGUGGCGGCUGUCAAUAAUUACUUGCGAGACGAAUGAUCAUAUUAAUUAAUCACAUCGUGCUGCAGGUUUUGACUUGUGAAUGAGUCUUUGUAUUUGACUUCUAUUACUAGGAUGUCCACAGUGCGGCCCGGGGGGCCAUUUGCGGCCUGUGACUUUUUCUUUACCGGCCCACGGCACAUUCUAAAAAUAUAAUUUAACAAGAAAACAAAAGCAGCAGUAGCAAAAAUGGAAAAAAUGAGCAGCAAUUUUAUGAGAAUAAAGUCAAAAUUUUAACAGGGAAAAGUUGUAAUCUAACAAAAAAGUCAUAAUUUUAGGAGAAUAAUAAUAUCCUAAUGUUAUUAGGAAAACUAAUGUCAUUUUAGUAGCAUAGAGUUGAAAUAUUAAAGACAAUUUUUUAAAGUUAUAAUGUCACAAACUAAAGAAAAAAAAGUUGUAUUUUUAGGAGAAUAAUGUCAUAAUAUGAGGAAAAAUAAUGCUAUUUUAGUAGCAUAAAAUAAUGUCAGACAUAAUAUUAUUAGAAACAUAACGAAUAAUGUCAUUUUUAGAAAAUUAGAUUGCAGAAAAGGCUAUGAUGAUACAAGAAUAAAGUCAAGCUAUGAGAUUGAAGUCAUGAUUGCGUGAAGAAAAGACAGUUGAAAUUAAAAAAAAAAAGGCCAACAGAAAUGGAAAAAAUAACACAUUUUAUGAGGAAAAAGUUACAAUUGUAUGAAAACAAACUCAUAACAUUACGAGGAAAAAUAAUGUUUCAGUAGCAUAGAGUUGAAAUUUUAAAGACAAAAUAUGUAUAUAUAUAUUUUUUUUAGUCAUAGUAUUGAGAACCAAAAUAAAAGUUGUAUUUUUUGGAAAAAGUGAUUCAUAAUAUGGGUAUAAAAUCAUAAUAUUCAGAGAAAAAAAUUGAAAUAUUUGACAAUUUUAAAAAACUGGAAAAUUGAAAUAGUUGAAACUUUUAAAAAAAACUGGGAAAUUAAGAGCAAAGACCGAAGUUGAUGCUAAUACACUUUUUCACCUACGUCAGAAAAGCUGAGGUGCAGUUUUUUUUUUCUUGAAAGUUGUAUAACUUCUUUCAUAUCUAUACAAAAUAUCAAGGUGGCCCUUGCAUCCUUUCAUUUUUCCUUAUGUGGCCCUCGCUGGAAAAACGUUUGGACACCCCAGCUGAAUUAUAUUAUGACUAUAAUUAAAGUACUUGUGAGGAAUGUUUUACUCAUGCAUGGAUAUUCCAGUUGUGCCAGAGGAGGGAAGUACGGUACGGUAUGAUAUGCCUACUGUGAAUACGCCCUGAAUGUCUCAACACUGAUUUAUUUAUUGUGUGGGCAAGUGGAGAAAUGUGGUAGACUUUUUGUGUAGUGAACCUGGUGAUUUAUCAGUAUUCUGUGCAGGCGAUUUGAAUAAUAGUUAUGUAUUUUGUGAAUUAGCGAGAGACUGAGACAUGUUUUGGUGUUUAUACAAUAUUUUAAAUGUCGACCGUGAUGGAAUUGUUGAGUCACGUAGAUUUAUUGGAGCACGAGAUGCCUUUACAUGCCGAGCUCCGUAUAUUUUAAUUGUAUUUUGUACACUUAAUCGCCUGACUUUGAGAAAACGCUGCAACACAGCAGUAGAAACAGAUGAACGUUGUUAUGUACUUGAGCAUUGUUUGGAAAAAUCGAUUUUGUAUCGGUGUGUUGAAAGUGGAGAAAUGGAUGUUGCAUGUGUAAAUUAUUUUUUGUUAAAAAGUGGCUUUAUUUAUUAUCGGUGCUGUGUUGCAUGGAUGUUUUUUAGUCGGUGCAAUAAAAUCAAG